ACAUGUUUCAUUUGACCUCUUUUGGUGGCGCUGCAGUCGGGGGCGAUAGACAGCACCUUAUUGAAGGUGUGCACAGUCUGUGGUAGCUUGACUUAUUUGCAGAGGUGUAUUGAACAAGAAAUUGAAAUUGAUGUCAUUUGGUGGAACAUCAAAUGGCGGUCGCCGCAGUAAGUGGGACCAGCCGGGGCCAGGCUCUAUGGGGGAAGCCGAGGCGGCGCCAACGGGGGCUCUGGAUGCGGCCGCCGCCGUAGCCGCCAAGAUAAACGCCAUGCUUGUGGCUAAGGGCAAACUCAAGCCCUCUCAGAUCGGUGGACCUGGGCCCGUGGAUAAGGGUUCAGCUGGUAAGCCUCAGCAGCCAGUGAAAGCCAAGGACGACCUGGUGGUGGCUGAGGUGGAGAUUAAUGAUGUGCCUCUCACCUGCCGCAAUCUUCUGACCAGAGGACAGACACAAGACGAGAUCAGUAAAGUUAGUGGUGCUGCCGUGUCCACGAGGGGGCGCUACAUGACAGUAGAAGAGAAGAACAAGGCAUUGCCAAGUGAACGUCCACUUUACCUUCAUGUCCAGGGCCAAACCAGGGAUAUAGUGGAUCGAGCUGUGAAUAAGAUAAAGGAGAUCAUCACCAACGGUGUGGUGAAGGCCGCCACCAGCUCAAAUGCUGCGGCGGUCACCGUCUACCAGCAGCCCCCUCCCCCAGCAAUGCCCCCCAUGGGCCACAAACCACACUACCAGUCAGGGAUGCACCAGCACUAUGUCCAGGACAAGCUGUUUGUGGGCCUGGAGCACGCCAUCCACGGUUUCAACGUGAAGGAGAAGGUGGAGGGCCCAUGCUGCUCCUUCCUCCAGCACAUCCAGUCGGAGACGGGCGCCAAGGUCUUCCUCAGGGGCAAGGGCUCUGGCUGCCUGGAGCCUGCCUCUGGGAGAGAGGCCUUUGAACCGAUGUACAUCUACAUAAGUCACCCUAAACCUGAGGGCCUUGCAGCAGCCAAGACUCUGUGUGAAAACCUCCUACAGACAGUGCAUGCAGAGUACUCUCGCUUCCUCAGUCAGAUGACUGCCAUGGUGCCCACUCAAGGCUUCCUCCAGCCCCCCCCAGUGAACGGCCUCCCGCCCCAGCCCCCCUACGGCCCCCCCACGGGGUACCAGCCGCCUGUCUACCCCAUGCCCAUGCCCCCUCCUCAGCCCAUCCCUCCACCCUACGUUGUGCCCCCUCAGAUGCCCCCUGGGCAGCCCCCUGCCCCAAUCCCACCCCCCAGUGCCCAUUAUCCCAUCAACCCCGCGCCGCCCGUCAUGCCCCAGACGCUGUCCCAGGCUCCUUUCCACCCUGUGGCUCCAGUUCUUCCUAAAGUCCCUCCCCCCACGUCCAUGCACAACCCCCCCCAGAAGCGGCGCUUCACUGAGGAGGUCCCUGACGAGCGCGACAGCGGCCUGCUGGGAUACCAGGUGAUCGCCCGCUCCAACAGCCUCUCACACUAUCUGUCACUCUUUCUCUGCAAACAGGCCUCGCUGGCUGAUGAGCAUGGACCCAUUCAUAUGACUAAUUUAGGUGCAGGCUUCUCUAUGGGCAACCCCGAGUCUUCAGGACCCCCGCCUUCUAGUUCCUCUGGGCCUCCUAAGGAAAGGGACUGUCGGCAGCUAAUGCCACCGCCACCCAUGCCAGUGAACGGAGGAGUGCGGCCGCCCAAACUGGAGGAGAGAAGGUCACUAGCCGGCACCCAGGAACAAUCUGUGAAGCGUCUGAAGACGGGACUGGUGGCGUACACCGGAGACUCGUCUGAUGAAGAGGAGGACCACUCAACCCCUAAAUCGGCCGGGGCAGGUAACUCGGCCAUGAUCUCCUCAUCCUCUUCCUCCUCCUCCUCCUCAGGGUGGACUCUGGGGGUGUACCGAACCCCCCCUCCCCAACCACCACGACCCAAAACACAGGCGCCGCAGUCCAUGCCAUUUUGGAUGGCCCCUUAAGACAAAGAACACCCCCUGCCCCCCUGUCCUUGCACCCCCAUUUGCCCUCCACAGGACCAUCUGUCAUUCUCACACACACACACACUCACACUCACACACACACUCUCUCAACCCCAUUCUGUAAAAAAGCCCUGACACACACGUACACACACCUCUCCAUUUAGCCGAGCUUGAUGACCAUUUUCAUGUGUGGAGGGCUUGCCUCAUCUUCGGACUGCGAUCAGGAAAUGGGACUCUUCAGCGGGAGGAUAGAGACUUUUGGAGGUAGACACGGAUGCUAUUUCAUGAAUUAGCUGGUCCUCCCCCAGGACGUGGGUGAGCACACAGACUUGGAGGCAACAAACGCUUGCCAACUUAACUGGAAGGUGACCUUGGCUUACUCGAAGACUGUUUUUUGAGUUGAAGUGCUAGAUCGAAAUAAACAGUGAAUCAUUGUUUAUAAUUGUA